AUGCCCGAGGGCGCCUCCUCACCACCAACAACGCCAAUUCACCCAGUGUCUCCAUCACCACCCAGCCUCAAUCCCGCGGACAAGCACCGAGCCUCUCGCCAACCAUCCCUCAAACGCGCUCCAGCUAGCUCCAGCAGCAGUGCACUCAAUCGCCAUGAUGGACGCAAGAUCACGCCCACAAAGGCCAAGGAGCGUCCUGUGACCGAAGCGAUCGCCUCCACAAUCUCCAGCAUAUCGCGCCAUGCCUCGACUAGCAUCGCGUCUGGUCUUACGUCGCUGAGCUCUGCAGCCGCAGCCAGAGUUGGGCAUCAGAGCCAGCCGGACGCCAUGCCGGCACUCAGUACCUCACCAAGCCCUAUUUUCGAGGCUAUGGGAGGCAGGCGACCAGAGGCGGCUGUACAUGAUGACAUCUUUGUUGAGCAGCUGUCUGCGCUAGAUGAGAGAAUCCCCAGCAGUGAGGGCGUCUCCUGGGCUUCGUGGGACCGACUACCUGCUCGUCGCGCUCUCAUCAUUGCGUACGUCACGGGCGGUCUGCAAGUCUACUGCCUCGAGGAGGAUGGACAGCUCGCCGAGGUCAUCAACUUUCAGCAGAUACUCCUGCCAGGCGAUCGAGUAGCUGGACGUGUCCUCUGCGCUCGCGUUCAGUGUCUCGAGGGCAAGCAACCACGGUUGCUUAUUGUCACGGAGGGGACUGGAUCGACGUAUGUCCUCUCGACCUGCUCGCUGGACUCUCAAGUGGUCGACACAUCAAGCGUGUUACCCGCGGUCGCCAGCGCGAACCCAACGGCAACGACGCCUGCGUCCGCCUCUAUGCAGCUUACGUCCAGUCACCUCGCCAUCGGCCAGUCGCAGCCACCCGCAAUCCAUAUACUCGAUGCUGUAACGCUACGGCCCUGUCUCGGCGAAGCCAUAACGGACGUGAGCAGCUCCUCUACCUCAGGCGCAACACCUCCGCCGUUCCACCUCUCCGGUCGACUCCUAGCAUACGCAAGCACUCAGCAGGAUCGCAGCACUAAUGUCCUCGUGAGCAACGCUGAGGCUCGAAGAGCCCCCAGCGGCACCCACGCGCCAGUCUUUAGUCCUGGUGUUGAGUCUGCGAAGAUGACAACAGAGCAGAUGCGCGCUGCGGCUAUCGAGAUGGGAGCACACGCGGGCGACGUGGCGAGGAAGAUGGGCGGUGGACUGUUAAGCGGGGUCAAGAGUGUGAGCGAGUGGGGUAGCAAUUACGUUCAGGGUGGAACGAAGUCUUCGGCCGCUCACGUUGAACAGGGGUCGCCAUCUCCAGUCCUGCAGACAUCUCCCUCACCCAGCCUGGUAUUACAACGUCGGUCUGCAAACGGCCAGUCACCGUCCGCGACAAGCCAGUCCCUCGACGCUACGACCAUCCGAGUCGUCGAGCUCUCUCCCUCUCUUCCGCUCAUUGCCUCCUUCAGGAGUAGCAGCGAGAAUACUUCAGCGGUGAGGCUGAGCAGCAGCGGUUCGUUGAUCUUCGUGGCCGACGUGCUUGGGCACGCCUUUCAUGUCUACGAGAUACGAUCCCGUCCUGCUUGCAUGCGAGGCAGCGCGGCCACCCAGCCGCCCUCGGUGCUGCACCGCCUUAAGCUACUGCGCGGUGUCACACCGGCACAGGUUUCUGAUGUGCUGUGGUCUCCCAAUGAGCGCUGUAUAGGCGUGCUGACAAUGAGAGGGUCAGUGCAUAUCUAUAGGCUCGGACCGCUUCAUGGGCCGAGAGCCAAGCCCCUCGGAGCGACUCUCACUAGCUACGCAAGGACGGCAAGACCUUCUGCGCCCCGUCAGGAGGAAGAUACACACCACGGCUCGGAUUCACUCAUUGCCCCUCCUGUGGCCUGCUUCACCUCACACGUCAAGCUCACCAGCAGCGGUGAAGACAACAGCGCCUUUUCACCAUCGUUCCUGGACAUUCUCACCUUCCAUCCCCGCAUAUCGGCACUGACGCUGAGCCGGGUCGGCCCUCAUCCCUCCAGCCUCGUCGGAGUAGGUGUCACCUCGUCUGCAACAGCAGCAAUGGUUGCAGCGGCGUCAAGCGGCAUGUCUGGCCUCACGGCGAUGAUGAGACGGCAGAGCGUGGGGACGACGGAGGAGAAGGGAAAUCAAACUGUGGCGUCGCGAGGUCAGCAAGCAGCAUCGACUCCUCGCGCAGAGAUGCCAAGAGGACAAUGUCGUGCGGUCGCCAUUUGGACCAGCCUAGCGCGCGUACACGACGCGCCGGAGGUACGACCUGCGCCUGCUCUUCUUGCCUCCACGCCUCCUAGCAAGCAGCCUCGCCCAACCUCAGCUGUUUCUCCAUCCCGCGGCUGGGUCUCCUUAGCAGAAGUCCACACCUACCCGCGCGGCCCACGCGCAAUGCCCACCCCACUGUACUUCUCGCACCAGAUGCACUUCAGCGCUUUUGUUCACCCAAAAGGGGUGACAAUGAGGGCCGAGCCCACGCUGAUGGACAUCUGUCGCGCCGCCACCCGUGCCCUCGACGUGUGCGAGACGGUCCAGAUCACGGGCGAUAGCUUCGACGCUGGACUCGCAAGCGCCAUGUCUCCAAGCGAGCGACACCUUUCCCCACCUUCCCCCUCCUGGCCGGGCUACCCCUCCUCCCCCUCGCAUCGCAUCCCCUCCUUCCCACAAGGUCAACCAGCCCGCCGCCCCAAUUGGCGGACGGCUGCUGCUGACGGGAUGAGCAUCCCGGUCCGGCUUGGACAGAGGGCUGGGAGUGCUGCUAUUGGGGCGGCGAAUGCUGCACGACAGCGACAGCGUGGGCAGAGAGUGGGUAGCCCGCUACGAGGAGAAGCCGGGUCCCCAUUACCGUCCAUCAGCUUCGACGAGGACGUCUCGUAUGAUGCCUACCUCUUCGCUGACGCGCGCAAUGCUCAGCCGAGCCCGAAUGGGAGCAUGGCUGCGCGAGGUGCUUCUUCGAUUGAGGAGGAUGGGACGGGUACUUUCUCUUCUUCUGAUACGCCGCCUACUGCAGGGAGUGAUCAUGAUGAGCAGCAUGGCGGGAAGAGGUGGGGUGGUGACGGCGAUGGAGAAGGGGAGGAGGAUGAUUGGCAGGCUGCAAGAGGGGAACAGGAAGACGUGCAGGGCGACAGCGCUGGAUGGGACUCGUUUCCCGAUGAGGAGUUUGGAGGGAGAGGAGUGGCGAGGAGAGGUGCGGGACAGACCGCUACCCGAGUGAAGGGGCCGAAAGAGAAGGCGUCGGACGACUUCUUGGUCGGGCACAUGACCAUGGACGAGGAGGCUGGAAGUGGAGCUGUCAAGGGCGAGAAGUUGCCGAGCUUCUCGCGCAAGGUUGGGUCCACAACGGCCACGACGGCUACUGCUGGGGCAACGAAAGCGACGACUGCCACUGCCGCUGCACCGAUGGAUCUGGCUGGCGUCUCGGCUACGUCAAGUCAGAAGCGUGAGGAAGCCAACGCCAUCAGCAAGACUGUGGCCGCUACGUCAUGGGCGAGUAAAGAGUCGUCUGCCGCUUCAACAGCUCCCAAGGCGGCAACGAACAGCUUCAGCUUCGCGUCUACGAAAGCCCCUGCCUUCACAUUUGCUCCGCCUACCGAGUCCAACAAGACGGACAACCUCGCCUCCAGCACUGCCUCCUCACUGCCGAAGAGCAGCAGCCUUUCAUCCUCCUCAUCCACCACUACUACAACAAGCAAAGUUCCGCUUAGCAACGCACCACGCUCAACAGGUGGGCUCGACCCCUUCUCCAGCAGCGGCAAGGCUACUGCGACCCCAAUCUCUUUGCCUGGCUCCUUGCUCCCCUCCUCAUCGCCACCGACGUCCCGGCCCGGCUCAUCUCCUACGCCGUCGAGUUUGGGGUCGUCGAGCUCAUUACCGAAGAAGAUCUCCACGUCUGGCAAGAGGAAGUAG